AUGUUGAGUGUCUGCCCGUUGACUGCAAUUCUGAACACGUUCAUCAUUGUUGGAAUUCACAUAAAUUUCCUGGCUUUUUAUUUUUCUUUUUGUUAUUUCAAAUUGUUCUUCUUCUUCUUCUUCUUCUUUUUUUUUUCUUUUUCUUUCUUCAAAAAAAAAUUUUGUUGUUCUUCUUCUUCUUUCUUCUUCUUCUUUCUUCUUCUUUUCUUCUUUUUUUUCUUCUUCUUCUUAAACAUCUUCUUUUCUUCUACUUGUUCUUGUUCUUGUUCUUCUUUUUUUCCCUCCUCCUCCUUUUUUUUUUCUUCUUCUUCUUCUUCUUCUUCUUCUUCUUCUUCUUCUUCUUCUUCUUCUUUCUUCUUCCAUAUUUUUUUUAUCAGUCCAUUGCCUGUGCGUCCAACUAUCGAAAUAAACAAGAUUUUUCGUUUCCUCCUGAAUAACAAGUCAUUUUUUAGUAGUAGUAGUAGUACCCUUUUUAAUCUCCUUUACUCUCUCGCCUUCUUUUUAUCUUCUUCAUUCUUUUUUAUCCUUUCUUUUUUCCGUUUAACAUCCCCCACCAGUUCUUUUCUGUUUCUUUCUAUUUUCCUAUCUUCUCUACUUUAUCGCUCCUCCUCCUCCUCUUCUUCAUCUACUACUACUACUACUACUACUACUACUACUACUUCGCUUCCUCCUCUUUCUUGA